GCUGAUACAGUUGCCUGUUUACAUGCAGACAUAGGAUGCAAUCAUAUGUUAUGUUCCUGUUUUAUCAGUUCCAUUUUCACCCACAGUGUGUCUGGGUCGGCAGAAAGUUUUGGAUUAUUUGGUUCAGCACUCAGUUACUUUUCAGGGUUUUAUAGCAUAUGAUGAUCAGUGGAACACCAUUAGCACAAUACAUAGAGAAAGGACAUUACUUAGAGAAUCAUACUUUUAGUCAGCGCAAACAGAAAAUCAUUCUACUAUUAUUCAUUCGACAUCAAUAUAUGACAAGAUUUGACCUUUCUGGUAUCGUUUUUAUAGUGGCAAAGUCACUACUGCAUUUAAGAAUAAUUCAGAACGUCUGGUGUAAUAGAAGUGAUUUAGCUCAAAGGAUCUAAGGAUGUAGUUCGUCCACUUUUGUCACAGCUAGAGAGUGAAUAAAAAACUCGCAAAGUUAACGGUAUAUCCAGAGUGAAAGUUAAACCUCAUAUUAUAACUAUAUAUAUAAAUCCAACUAAUAUUUCGACUGACAAGGCGGAGGCUUUAAGAAAGAGUAUGGCCGGGCCCAACUUGGAUGAAUCCACCGUUACGACGCCAUCGUUAACUGGAGGCGUGGUGGUCAACACUACGUCUUUGAGCCUUUCGCGACCAACCAACUACGACAGUUCGAUAUGUACUAUAGACGACUUUAUAUCCCACCUAAAGCACAAGGAUUUAGAAAACGAUGUGUCAAAAUAUUUGAGCCACAAACAACGGCCGCUAUGUCGACGAGUGCUAAAUUAUCUGCGCACCGCAUGGAUGGGAGCCAAGUUUACAUCCAAAACUGAUCUCGACUGUGAGCUGGAAGAGAUCGUGACACCACCUAAGUACAGACCUGAAUCGAUUGCUGCCCUAUGCGCAGCAACACGUUUCACCGAGGCGGAAAUUAAACGGAUUUACCGAGGCUUCAAGGCAGAAUGUCCAGCCGGUAUCAUACGAGAAGAAACGUUCAAGUUCAUCUAUUCGCAGUUUUUCCCGCAGGGAGCUAAUACAGGUCUUUACGCUCAUUAUGUGUUCAAUACCUUAGACAAGGAUCACACCGGAAUUCUUAGCUUCGAGAAUUUUGUGCAAGGUCUGUCUAUACUUUCUCGUGGAUCGCUGGAGGAAAAACUUUGUUGGACAUUCUCGUUGUAUGAUAUCAACCAUGACGGAAAAAUUACUCGAGAAGAAAUGACUGACAUCGUUAUUGCUAUCUACGAACUGAUGGGGGCUCGUGAAGAUGGCGGUUCUGAUGAUGCACAGAUUAAAAGCAAAGUUGAGAAAGUGUUCCAGAAAAUGGACACCAACUGUGAUGGCGUGAUAACAAUAGAAGAAUUUUUGGACUGUUGCCGCAAAGACCAACUAAUCUCGGAUUCAAUGGGUGUUUUCGAUUCGACUAUAUGACCUUUGGAGAAGUUGCACUCGCUACCAGCGUUUGUUGUGGGCCACAGCGACAAUGUUGAUACCACCGAGAGCCUAAAUGGCAAUAGUCUGCAGACUGAUUUAUAUAAAUCAGACACAUCCUACGGACCAAGGACAGAGGAAACGCAAAAGACUGCCACCGCUCCAAAAAUACAAACGUCGGCUAGCAUCCCGCCGAGUAAGUCCAUCCGUACAAGCAAUCGUAAGCAAUCGAUUCUGAUGAAUGGUAGGACGAAGCAAAAACCGAGCAGCCUUCGUUACCAUCAUCAUCAUAAUCAUCUUCAUUAUCAACAACAGCUCAAACACUACCACAUUCCUGUUGAUACGUAUCAGCAACAGCAACCGUCGCGUCCUGCAUAUUAUCCCCGCAGAUCAUACACGUCCGUUGGUAGCGAAUACCAUCCACCACAAAUGACUAGUGGAAUUGCCACUAUCACUCCACUCGCCACGGGUCAGUACCAACCAGUGGAACUCGGUUAUCACCAGCAACGGGAGCUUCCUACGUUGGUCAAGGUAAAAACAUGGUAUACCGUUUCCAAACAAGGUUUAACAUACUAAUGGUAACGCCUAUUUCUUUGAUAACUUGUACUAUGUAACUGAAGCUUUAAAUCGAAUCUAACAUCCUGUUUCGAAUAUUGAGGUGUAUUAUGGCUGAAGGAGUAUUAUUAAGUCUGUUUUUAAUGCAAGUUUGCUUGUUUCAACUUCAAGAUUAACAAUUAGACAUCUAGUAAAGAUCUCACAAAUAGAUCUUUUGUAGCGUUUUUGUGCAAAUUUUAAAGCUUUAAUCUAUUUUUCUUUUUUUUUUUACUUUGUCCAAAUAUGCAAUAUGCAAUAUAACUUUAAUUUUGAGUUUCACUGUUUUUUUAGCAAAAGCAUUUUUGUACCUAAUUCCCACUUCUUUGGUUAAUAUGACAGUUCAAAUGUUAUGAAUUUUGGAACUUGGGUGCGUUGCGAUGUACUAUUUUGUUUAUUAUAUGAAAAGCAAUAUGGCGCCGUUUAGUUAUGAUAGUGUGAUUACGAAAGAAAUAGGAUUAUAUGAAUAUUUCAUGAGAGUAAAAACAAUAGGCAAGUAAUAAACGUAAACGGGCCAAGUUCGAAUAAGGUUCAUAAUCGAUUGGCUACUGUAAAAUUCUGUUGAAUGUGAUAAGGUUGCCAAUGCCCUAUCUGCAGCAACUGGUAACGAUAUUAGAUUUCAAUUGCGGAAAUAAUCUAUUUUUACUUUGUCACUACCGAGAAAAAUGCUCUAGCUAUGUUUCUGCAACUGCAACUUUUUUCCCAUGCCUUCAAACGGUUAAUAA